CAGUAGUUGCAUAUCAACGAAAAUUGAGAAAGUCAACAUCGCAAACGCGAUCGGAUUAUUUACUAGGCUUAGUACUUGUUCAAAGAUCAUCGUUGUGUGCCCGUGCCAGGGGUGCUUCCAUCCUACUAACUCGGUGGAGUCGUGCCCUUCUUGUUUGCUACGGCGCCGCGGCGACUGCCCUCCCGCGAGACAUUUUAUUCCGACACGAUUGCGAUGACGGUUUCAGCGGUCUCGGUAGAAGAAGACAAAUUGCCGACGUCCUGCUCAGGGCCGCUGCAGCAGAAUCAAAAGCUGCAGGACGAGGAUAUAGUUUCUUCACACGACAUGAUCAAGCUGUUCACUGCGGAUGUUGUUGACGCGGAACGACCAGCAAAAGCCGAUUUUAGUACUCCGCCGUCCGCAGCUGCACUUGUUGGAGAGCAUCAAGAAAAUGUGCCUGUUGUUUUGGUGCACGACCAUCUUUGUAGUCGAGAACAAGAGUUGUUGCAAGUUUCAUCCACUUGUACUUCUACAACGGGGGAUAACUCCUCUUUAUUUUCCACUGCGUCGGCUACCAGCACCACGAAAAGUACCAGCCCGAGGGACGAGGUGGAAGUGGAGAUUGAAACUGUAUUACGUGAUGAAGAUGUCGAGCAGCAAAGCAAGCCUGUCUCUACUGAAGAUCAAGAACUGCAGGAAGCACGUGGCAGUUGUGACCAUGAAGGUGAAGGAAUGGCAAGCAGCACGACAACGCUACCUCCACCACCUUGCGCAUCAUCAUUGAGUCCUCGCAGCACAAAAAGCAGUACCAGCAGUAGUCCCCGCACCACUUCUCUCGAUUCGUUGUUCGAGAAGUUCGAAUCCAGGUACCAACAAAUGAUGGAGCAGGCGAAGAAAGCGUUUGGCACGGAGGACCAGAUUGAAACCAGUAUCACCGCGGACUUAGACAACGAAGAAGAGGUGGCGGCCGUCGCAUUCCAAACCGAUCCAACCACCGGAAAAGUGAAGCUUAGCGUCGCGCCGACGCGGCAGGAGGAAAUGGAUCCCAGCGCACCGGCCUUUACCAGCGAUCAAGAUGGCAGCGCGCGGAUGCACGCAGUGUUGCCGUGGGGAGUGUAUAGGGGGGUGGAGCGUACUUACUACUUCUCUACUUUAUGCUUUUAUAUUGAAUUUCAGUUAAUCUUAAUUCUUUCUACAUUGAGGUUCAGGCUCCUCGUCUGGCUCUUCAAAAUGGAUUAAUAUGCAGCUUGGUUCUUAUUUCAUCUGUCGAAUAUCAAUGGCAUGCAGUAAAAAUUUCUAGAGCUACUUACACUUUAAUAAAUUUCUAGUUACAAUUAUUCACGAUUUAUGACAACAGAAAAACUAAAAAACUACUCAUGUCUAUCGGCCCUGCAAAAAUCUCGGAAAGUACUAUAACAGACGACUUUUCCCCGGAGUUGUGGGACGCCGAUGACCCGAAUCGGUUCGCCAUUUGUGCGCGCAACAUCGUGCGCGAGGGAAAGCUUCGCGGCCUCCAAGUGCGCCGUCAGAAAACCGUGUGCGGCUACGGGUGCGGGUUGUUCGCGUUGCGGCGGUUUUCCAAGGGCGACACGGUUACACACUACAUGGGCAGGCUGGUCUGCAAGGAAUUGCCUCCUGCUCCUACAAGAAUUACUGCGUCAACAGGGACAGAAGAUAUGGAGCAUAUUAAUUCGGUGGCCAAAAGUUCAUCCUGCACGACAAUAGCACCAGAUCACGCAGCAGCACCACCAGCAGUGCUGUCAUCUUCUUGUUGUUCAUCUACUUCGUCUUCUACUAGCAAUAUGAAGCAAGAAACAAUGGAGCAUUUUUCCAUCUCCGCUACGUUUGCGGACAAAAUCCGUACCGCGCGGGAGCACUCCCAGUUCCAGAAGGUAAAAUUUGAAGACUCCGUUCGUACCGACCGGGGCUACCGCUACAUGCUGGAAAUGGACCGCUAUCACAAUCUCGACGGGGGCACCGGCGGGCCACGCCCGUUCGCCGCCUGGCUGUCCGCCUACUCGAACAGCUGCCGAGGGAUAGUUCAAGAUGGUGCAUCAACAAACGAACCGGAAACUUCGGAAACAAACCCAGCGCCAGCAGCGGAGAACAUGGUCGCAGUGGUGGACCACGUGAAGGGGUUCCACUUUACCGUGGUGCGGUUUGUCGCGACAAGGGAUAUCGAACCCGAAGAGGAGCUCCUUUGGGACUACGCCUUCGCGACACAUUGCUGCGAAAAGGCCGAGGAGUACGAGGACCCCGUAUGGGAGGCCAUUUGCCGACUGUCAGGGGUAGAAACGGACGAGCAGCGGUAGUAGAACGACACUAUAUCUUCUUCACUGAUCAACACAUGAGGACAUAGAGGCCAGCAUGGUUAAGUAGUACAUUGCUGCGUGUCCUCUGUACAUACUCUAAUUCUCAGUGUAGUUCGUUGUGUCAGGUAAACAACCACUAGAGUCGCACUAAUGUUUUCCGCCUGUUGACAUGAAAUUUUUCUUGACGAGGCAUGGGGCUUGACGUUCGUCAUCGUCUCCUUCUCUUCGGCGAAACAGGUUUUCUUGAACCUUUAUUUGGGGCAAGAAGGACAAGC